AUGAAUAAAUUAACUAUUUUUGAUACCCAUUGUCAUUUAGCCGACAAAAAAUAUCACCACUCAAACCAACAUCCGAAAGAAAUUAUUCAAGCCGCUGAAAAAGCGGGAGUGAAACAUAUCCUUAAUGUUGGUUAUGACAAAGCAAGUAAUCAAAAAGUAAUCCAACAAUUAACGGAAUUUCCCAGUUUGUUUGGUGCCUUAGGCUUACACCCCAACACCUUAGCCAAAAAAUACGAUUUACCAGUGCUAUUACAUAUUAGAGGUGAAGCAGAAGAAAAGCAUAUAGAAGUUUUUAAUGAGACUUAUCAAAUAGUAAAAGAGGAACAAAUACAAAAAGGCAUUUUACAUUGUUUUACCGGAAAUUGA